AUGGCAAAUAAACCCACACUCGCAGAUGCUCCAUUCGACCAGCCAUCGGCGGACAUUGUCCUCCGCAGCGCAGACCGCGUCGAUUUCCGCGCUCACCGUGUCAUCCUCGCUCAAGCAUCCCCCUUCUUCGCCGACAUGUUCUCCCUCCCCCAGCAAUCCCCACCCGACGUAGAUGCACUGCCGGUCGUGGACAUGGCGGAGGACAGAAAGACGCUCCGUCGGCUCCUCCUCCUCUGCUACCCCGUCGAUAAGCAGGAGCUCGAGUCGGUCGCGGAUAUUGGCCCCGUCCUCGCCGCGGCACGCAAGUUCGACAUGGAGUGGCCGGUCAGGCUCCUUGCGCGCGAUCUGACCGCAUCUAUCUCCCGCUCGCCACUCCACGCGUGGGCAUGCGCGUGCCGGAGUGGGCUUGAGGACGUCGCGCGGCGCGCCGCAGAGGAGAUCAAGCGCCGCGCAUCCUCCAGCGUCACCGGAACAGAGGUCACGGACUCGGGCGUCGCGCUGCUCUCUGCGCUGCGCGCUGCUCUGGAGGAGGAAGGGCUGGCGGACGUUUUCCAAGGAGUUAGCGGCGGCGCUUACUUCCGCCUGCGCGAGUACGUCCGCAACGCAUCCCCCUCCUUCUCCAUCAGCCCCGAGUCUGGCCAGUCGGAAACCACCCCGCCAUCGAACAUCAUCUUGGCUGGCGCGUCGCCGAUGACGAUUCGUCCUGAAUUCCUUCCACCGUACCCUCCCCCCGACGCCACGAUCUUGUGCUCGGACGGCGUGCUCGUCGAGGCGCACGAAGUCAUCAUUGCGCUCCGUCUCCCCGGAAUCUCCGUCGCGACCCCCGCGCCCUCUCCUAAUGGCUCCUACGUCGAUCUCGCUACGGAAGGGGAUCGCAUUCUCGAAGCACCUUCACCACAGCAGGGCACGUACACCCUCAAUGCCCCCUCGACGGCGCUCGUCGACAUCCUCGCGCUUUGCUACCGCGGCAAAAGCAACGCACCCGUCCGCGGGACCGACAUUGACGGCCUCGUGCUCGCGCUAGCCGCGUGCGAAAAGAUUCCGAUGGACACGCAGAUGCUCAAUGCUCCUCGACAGCUCUGGGAGCAGUGCAUCGAGAUCGACCCUUUGGGAGCGUACCUCGCGGCAGCGGAGCGCGGCCUUGGGGAAGAGGAGAUCCGAGCGGCGGCACGCAAGGCCCUGGAACUCCCUCUGCUUGGCUUGUAUACAGAACAGUUGGAGGGCGGCAACGCGAUAGCGUACGAGCGACUCCUGAAGUAUCAUCAUGACGCCUCUGUGGCUGUCGUCGGUGUCCUCGUGCAUGUGGGCGACAAUUGGAGGGAGAAGCUGCCGAGCUUUCGUAUCAAAGAAGAUCCCUCAAAUAUAGAACUCUUCACAACCCCGGCACAGCUUAUAACGGAUGCUGCACGCAAGUUGUCUGUAGGGCAACAUGCCCCAGGAAUGCCGUCAGAGGUUAUGGGCAUUGACAUAUCGACACUUACCGAGGCAGCGCUGCAGCAGUGGAAAUCCUCGUGCACGAGCACAAGCCCUAAGAAGUACUACGGCGUGGUUCGAGAGGCGUUGAAGGAAAUGGAAAGCACAUUACAACCUAGAAUUCGCGGCGUGCUGGAUGCGUCGCGGCUCGCGCUGUGA